UCGUGCUUGAUGGACGCAUUUUGUUCGCGCUUCUUCUGUAUAACAAAGAAAAACCAAAAAGUCAUUUUCAAUCGCAUGAAACUCAUUGUUAUUGAACUCCGUUUGUUUUCCAAUUUGUUUAACCCCGAUUCCGCUGCUCGUUGUGUGUUUGUGACAAGAGAAAUAAUCAAGUGAAACAACAAAACAGCUCAUACUAUACUAUAUAGUAUAUGAAAGUGCUUCUCUAUUUGGCGCCUAAAAACGGAAGGAUACUCGUGGUGGCUUCAAUCAUCAGCUUUGGAAGGACAUUAACACCCGGAACUGGACCAAUUUUUGACCGAAAAACGAAAUCGAACACAACAAUCAACUCUACUCACCGACCUUUCUAGUUUUCUACAUACCCGUUUACACUCAAAGGACCUUUUGUACGGACCACUUUUUGGACAAACAUAUCGCUAGCGCAGCACCCGAAGGAGAAGUGGCUUAACCCCGGAAACCCAUCCUCCAAAUCCUGCCCCCCGGGAAGCCAGGAUUUACCGAGAAACCCCCCAUUUAAUACCCCAAAAAGAGGACCGUGCCCCGUGGCAAAGAAUCCAAGACGGCGCCACUUAAACCACAAGCCUACAAAAUUGGCCGAAUGUUAUGUUGUGGCUUCUGCUGUGGCAACAUGUCGAAGCGCGAUUACAAAGUGGCCACCACCGAUGGCAUCGAGCUGGAGCCGUUGGGCGGCGAAAAGUGCGACAAGGAUAAGGAAAAGGACAAGGAGAAGCAGACGAAUGGCGUCACCUUCGGUGGCGAAUCGAGCGGCGGCCGACAGACGCGCACCGGAGUGGCCGUCUGCUCACAACGCCGGGCUCUUCUUGUGGCCGGAAUCGUGCUCGGCUCGCUGCUGCUGACGGCCAUCAUCAUCGCCUACGCCGGACCGCAAAAUGGCUGCUCCUGUGGAUCGAAAACGGUUUCCGGUUACGAAACGGAUGAAGAGAACAACACGCAGCCCUUCAAUCCGAUUGCCACCAACGGGGAACCGUUUCCCUGGCUGGAGAAAAUGCUGCCCACCAGUGUGCGACCCCUUCGCUACAUGGUCACUAUUCAUCCCAAUCUGACGACACUGGAUGUCAAAGGUCAAGUCACCAUCGAUUUGCACGUGGAGAAGGAGACCAACUUCAUUGUGCUGCACAUCCAGGACCUCAAUGUCACUGAGAAGGCCAUAGUGACCCCGGGGCCCAAGGGCUACGCCCUCAAGAUUGUCAAGGUGCUGGAGUUUCCGCCGAGGCAGCAACUUUACAUCGAGGUAAAGGAGAAGCUCAAGAAGAAGUCCAAUUACACCCUCAACCUGCGCUGGUACUCCAAACUCAAUCCGGAGCCAGAGGGCUUUUAUGUGGACCAAUACGAAAGCGAGAACGGCGUUGAGAGAUUAUUGGCUGCCACAGUUUUCCGACCGAAUGGCGCAAGGCGAGCAUUUCCCUGCUUCGAUGAGCCGCACGUUCGGGCGCCAUUCCGCAUUUCUGUUUUCCGGGAUCGCUUCCACAUCGCCUUGUCCAACUCCAUAGUGCACACAACAGAGGACGUGGGCUUCUACAUGGGCACAGGACUGCUCCGUGAUGAUUUUAUUGAGACGCCACCAUUGCCCGCAGAUGCUGUGGCUUGGGUGGUGAGCGAUUUCCAGCGACAAUCCCUUCAGCCCUCGGCGGCUUAUAUUCCCACGACACCAGCGCCACCGGGAUCCGGAUUGGGUGGCAAAAAGUCCGCCCAGCUGAACAAUUACACCCAGCUGAAAGGCAAAAACCCGCCGGUACGAAACAUCACUGCCCUUACACACUCCCUGAAUGUGAACCUGACGCCGCGACAGAAUCUGACAAUUGCACCGCCCACCACGACGACAGCUUGGCCAGUGCAUCUGAAUGGGAACGGGAAGCCAACGAAUCUCACAUCGCUUUCCCAGUCGACGGGUUCGUCGAUCAAGAGAGCUCCCUCGUACACCUUCUACGCACCCAGGGAUGUGCUGAGUCGCUCCAACUUCAUUCUGCACACAUCCCGGGAUGUCCUGGAAUACCUGCAGACCUGGCUGGACAUCAGUUAUCCCCUCACGAAGGUGGACUUUGUGGCGUUGCCCUCGCUGGAUCGGAAUAUGAUCUCCUCGCUGGGAUUGGUCACCUUGAAAACCUCUUAUCUGACGGAUCCAGCUUCGAUCACCUUGGAGCAGUAUCAGUUUAGUGCUCUGCGAAUUGCCGAGGCCAUGGUGAGACAGUUCUUUGGAGGAAUCACUUCUCGGAAGGUGCUCAAGGAUGUUUGGCUGUGGGAGGGAUUGAUCCAGUACUUGGGCAUCCAUGCCAUGGCUCCUCUACUCGAUAUUUGGCCCUUGAGAGAAGUGUACCUCUUGAAAAUGGCCACGGCAGCAUUGGAUAUCGAUGCCAUUCAAGGAUGGGAUAGCAUCAUGAACGGCACGAGUCACGAUGGCAACAAUGAGGAGUUCUUUGUCCAGAAAACGGCGGCCAUAUUUUCCAUGUUGCACACGGCCAUUGGCGAAGAUCGAUUUAGGGGCUGUUUGGGUUCAUUCCUUAAGAUGAAUCGAUUUAGGACAGCCGAACCCACUGAUUUGUGGACCAUUUGCACCAAGAAGGCCAAUGGUUCGAAGAACAUCAAGGAUAUGAUGACUCUGUGGACACAUCAGCCUGGUUUUCCUCUCCUCACGGUCACCAAAAUGGGCAAUAGUAUCUCCAUUUCGCAGAGACCCUUCCGACCAGCUGACUUCCUCGCCAUUCAUGAUGAUUUCUACGAUGGAAACAACUACAAUAAGAGCGGGUUAAAUGCCACGGAUAUGCCGAGUACAGUGCCGCCAACUACACAGAGUAGCAAACACAAGGCCGUGCCACAUAUUAAGUGGAUUUUUCCAGUCACCUAUGUGACCGACAUCAACAAUGUCAGUGAAACGCUCUGGAUGCAGAACAUAGAUGUAACCUUCAACGUUCCGGAGAAUGUUAAAUGGAUCAAGGUAAAUGCCAUACAGAAUGGAUAUUAUCGAGUGGUUUACAACGAUGACAAUUGGGCGAGCAUCAUCGAGGAGUUGUCCACGAAUCCGCAGCGUUUUACCAGCGAGGAUCGUCUGGGUCUGCUAUCGGAUGCCUUUACCCUCUGCCAUGCAAAUCUACUGCCCUGCGAGAUCACCAUGAAUAUAAUCCAGUAUCUGCCCAGCGAAACGCACUAUGGACCCAUGGCUUUGGCCUUGAGGCAUUUGGAGAAAUGGCGACGGAUUCUUAAGUAUUCCGAGUGCUUCCUCAUGCUCAGUGAGUUCAUCAAGAUGAAGAUCUCUACGGUUAUGGAGAAGAUGGACUGGUCGGAUGAUGGUGAAGUGGCUACGAGAUUAAUGCGACCCGAAGUGUUGUUGGCUUCAGUUCUUUGGGAGGACAUCGAUAGCAUCACCAAGGCGAAAAAUAUGCUAAACCAAUAUCUUUACUACAAUGGUUCAGCUAUUCCACCAAAUCUUAGAGAGGUGGUUUAUACCGGUUCCAUCUUGUCUGGGGAGUACAUAUACUGGCAGCACUGCUGGGAGCGUUUCGUCAAUCUGCCACGCACCUCGGAGACCUUUGUGGAGCGGAUGCAGUUGCUCCGCGCCUUAGGAAGGACCAAGGAUGCCUGGCUGCAGAAUCGGCUGCUCUCGCAUGUUACAAUGCUGCCCUCCGAGGAGGUGGUGCAGGUGCUCAACGCCAUCGCAGGAACGCCAACGGGUGGAGCGAUGGCAUGUCGCUUCCUGCAGGCCAAGUGGUUCGAGCUGGAGAAGCGGCUUGGCCCGGGCACCAUAAGCUUCGCCAAGGUCAUUUCGGCCAUCACCCAAUACGGUGCUACCAAGUUCGACUACGAUGAGCUCAAAUCGCUGGUGCAUCGCUUUGGACGAGGUCACGGGAUGUCGGUGCUGAACAUGACCUUGAGCAGCGUGGCCUCCAACGUGGAGUGGGUGGCCAGGUCGCAGACCUCGCUCUACAAGUGGGUGGAGGGCAAUCUGCACUCACACCGAUAGAGGAGAUAGAACGGAAUACGGAGGUCCUCACACAGUUCUGUCUCUCUCUCUCGCUCUCUUCAAACUCAUUUGUAAUUAUGUUCCUCUCUCAGAAUCACGAAUCUUAAGUGAGCUUUGAUUUCGCCGAGUUAACUAACACUAUGGAUCUAUACUCUUUACCAUAUCAUUGCCAGUUCGAUCGAUCUCCUUGGUUUUCUCUGUAGCUGUCCUAUAAUUUUAGUACUUAAAGUCAAGCCACUCAAGUGUAAAUUACGAUUGCUACGAUCAAGCAGCUCUUAUAUAUGUGUAUAUCUAUCCCAGUGGAGAAAACCUUUUCUAGCACAUGCGAAUGUGUAUAUCUACAACUGAACAUAAGGAUCUAUCUAUAUAUGUAUAUUGUAUAUGUAUGUAUAUUUUACAAACCAAACAAAAACCAAACAUAUUUAGAGCAAUGGAUAAUUGUAGAUUGUAAGCGAAGAACAACAUAUUUUUUCAUAAAAACUAAAACAAAAGGAAACAAAAGAAGCCCCAAAAUCGAUAAACUAAAUCGCUAAUGAAUGCAUUCUAGUAAUUGUAUAGCAUAUGUAUAUUAGUAUUAGUGAGCGGUGUGUGCUCGUGUGUGUGUCCGUGUAUGUGCGCAUCGAAAUAUCACAGAAAUCUUCCUUUUGUCCAAAGAUAAUUUACUUAUCUAUUAUAAAUACCCACGUAUACCGUAGGCUGCCUGACCAAAACCAAACAAGGCUUAAAAUUAUAUUUUAAGGUAAACGAACCCCAUGAUUUGUGUAUUUUAGAAUCAGUAUUAGCUUCCAUGUAUUGUUUUUAAAUUACUAGCGGGUUAUUUUACAUUUUAAAUGCUGUAAAAAUAAUGGGUCGUAAAUAUCAAACUUAAAUCAGCUUAAAACAAGUUUUAAUUAAAACGAAACGAUCAAGUUAUUAAAAAUUGUAUUCAAAAAUGCAGUAAAAUUUAUCCAGUUAGCUUAACAUCUGUUAAUAAUAUAAAAUGGCUGCCAUAGCAAUUAACUAUCUUAAGCCAUUGAACAUUCAAAAGAAAGCAUAGGUUCUUAUUAAAAAUUGUCAAAUAGCGCAGAAUUACUUUCCUUCGAGCUCUAAUUGGGUCUGAGGCCAGGCAGAAAGAUUACUUAAGGAAUCGAGAUACGAAACUACAUAUAGACAUACCCAUAUGUACAUACAUGGCAUACAGGCUGUAGUUUGCUAGAACCCAAACAUAUUCAACACUUUUUAUUUCCGCACUCGCAUAAGACACAGAAACUGAUUAUCAGUUUACAACGUUCCGAUUACUACGACUACGACUCAAAUUAAAGACAUUUUACUAUAUGUUUUACCAGUUUACCAUAUCGCUGCUUAUCAUUUGAUUAGUGUUGGAACGUCUGCCCUAAAGAUAGCCUGGUUUUAAGGCCCGAGGUGUUUGUGCAAACUGAGGGAAUCCGUCGACUUCUGCCACUUGAAACUGGGUCCGAUGGCACGCCGGUUUUGUCAUUAUAAACCAUAUAAACGUGUAUAAGUUGUGCCAUUGGCGAUAAGAGAGUGCCAUGCGGUGAGAUUAGCUUGGGGUUGGUCAGGUGCGUAGUUCGAUCAGUUUUCAUGGGGGUAACUCACCUAUCAUUAUCAUUAACAACAAAAGAAACGUCACAAGCUAUUCAAAAAAAUAAAAACACAUAGUUUUUUAAUCCAAAAAGUUAACAAUUCCCUUUAAGCCACGCCUGCGAUAUCUCUCUCUGACAAAAGGUUGAACAGACCCAGAGUUGAACCUUCAGCUAAAUUUGUCUAUGCUAAUUUAUGGAUGUGUAUUUCAAGCGAACCAUUUAAUAUCUUCGAUUUCGUUUUGGGAAGAAUAGGUUGGUUUUAGCGGAUGUUGUAUAGAUGGAAACAAUUUGCUUGGCUAAGACACACUAAGACUAACUCAAAGAUACUCGAAGUCAAUCGCUCAGAUACCCCGAAAUAUAUUCAAAAAAAUAAAUAGAAAUACCGAGAGAGACAGAUAGAGAAAGAAAUACAAAAAUACAACUUUAUUAGCGACAGAGUUAGAUCACAGAGAAAACACAAAAACAAGUUUUGGAGCGAUUUUACGGAUUUUCGACAAAUGUAUAAGCCAAACAAGCAGCUAAAAAUGAUAAAUGAAAAUAAACCCAAAUAGAGAUAAUACAGAAAGAACACAGAAUACGAGAGAUACUCAAGCUAACAAGAAAAACAAAAACUUGGGGAAGAUUUAGAAAGUUUUACAGAUCAACUGACGAUGAAGUAUUUCGUAUUUCGCCUUGGUUCCGACUGCUUUUGAUUUAAUCGUAAACCCAUUUACCGUCUAAUUGUAUUGUACAAUGCAUAUCCGUCCACAGCUUUGAUUGACAUGUCACAUUUGGGUUCCAUUUAGUUCAUCGAAAACAAACACGUGACCCUUCCUGAACCUUCCUUAAUCCUUUUCCACACCCGCGCUUUAUCCUGGAGUUGAAGAAUGGCCUUUUCUUUAUUCAAGGUUUGAAAACGAAUUCUAGUUAAUUUUAUUAGACGAAAUUUUUUUGCAAUUGGCAUCAAUUUAUAAGAAAUUAUUGAUUAUGCAUUGGCUAUCAGGUUUUAUAUAGAAAUUCGCGUAGGGAAAAUACAAGUGUAUCUAGAAUGCAAUGGAAAGCAGGCAGAGCAACUCUAAAGACGUAAAUUUAAUUGUAUGCUAAUGAUAUAUACACAUCUAUAUAUAAAUAUAUAUUUACAUAAUUUAAUUUAAGUCAAAUGGGAAUAUUAAUAAAAACGAUAACUAAUCUGUAUAUAAAAA